CCUCAAGACGCGCUGGCUUACAUAUGCUUCAGAACAUGAGCACGAUCACGAACCUGAACUUGUUAAGCUGUCAGAAUUUUUGAAGAAGGAAGCCCAAACUACUUCAAAGUACUGGAUGCACGAGACCACCCGCACCACAAUAAAACCGUUACAGCAGCACAAGACCCAUUACGCUAUAUCUGAAGAUAGCGAUUCUGAUCUCGAACCCGAACCCUGCUAUGCUUCGAAUCAGACCAAAGGUCCCCUUGAAAUAUUGUGCCUAUACUGUAAUUCGAAGACUCACCUUCUCAAGAAUUGUGAAAACUUUCUACGCCUGUCAAUUGACGAUCGAUGGGAUUGGGCGAAAGAGGCCAAGGUGUGCUUUAAGUGCCUAAGAUCCAGACAUCAUAGAGAGAGCUGCCGAGCCCGCUCGUGUGGCAUUGACGGAUGCCGCAGGUCACAUAAUAGACUACUUCAUUCUCCGGUUCCUCACCAGCCCGAAGUAUCAGCUUGCGUACGUCCAUCAACCUCGAACCCUCAACCUACCGGAAUGGAGGCAGAAGGUGAGAAACCCCCACAAGAAACGACAGCUUGCAGCAGAACCACCAGAUCUCAAGUUUUAUUAAAGAUCAUACCUGUUCAAAUCCAUGGGCCAGUCAAGUCGAAAUUAACGUACGCCUUUCUGGAUGGAGGAAGUACACUCACGCUUCUAAAGCAAGACCUCGCGAAUGAAAUUGGCCUGAAAGGGAUCGCCGAACCGUUGAGCCUGUCUGGUGUGAAUACCACCUCCGAUCAUCGUGGAUCUGAACGUCUCGACGUAGAAGUUACUGGGCCCUCCGAUGUGUUACUGAAAUUAUACGACGUUCGAACAAUAGAAAGAUUGCCGAUUUCGCCACAGACUGUUGCCAAUAUCGACAAAUACGAGCACCUACAGGAUUUACCCAAGACUGGUCUAUGCUACGAGCAUGGAGUCCCAGAGCUCUUGAUCGGCCUAGACAAUUGGCAAGCGACCAUUACCAAGGAGGUCCGUAAAGGAAAGAGGAACGAACCACUAGCCACCCUGACUCCACUUGGGUGGGUAGUGCACGGAUUUUCCCAUUCGUAUUCCAACGCCGUACACUUUGUAGGACAUACUGACGAGGAUCUGCAUCGAUUGAUAGAAGACUACUUCAAAAUUGAUUCUCUAGGAGUCACGAAUAAGCUGAAGUUGAAUCAAGAGGAUGAAAGAGCCAUCGCAAUUCUACAAAACACAGCCAGAAGGGUAGAAGAUGGCAAGAGAUGGGAAGUAGGUCUUUUGUGGCGAGAGGAUAACCCUGUAAUGCCGAAGAGCUUUUCCCACGCCGCGAAGAGAUUACAAUCUAUAGAAAAGAAAAUGGACAGAGACUCUGUGUAUGGUCAAAAAUACAAAGCAAAUAUGGAGAACUUUUUGAGCAGUGGGUAUGCUGGACCUUGUGAGCCAAUACAGUCCCCAAAGAAGUGGUAUCUUCCUCAUUUUGGCGUAACUAACAUCAACAAACCGGGGAAACUUAGAAUUGUCCACGAUGCUGCUAGCAAAGUGCAAGGCGUGUCCCUGAAUGACAAACUGCUCACCGGCCCCGACUUGCUACUUUCACUGUUAGCAGUCAUUUUCAAAUUCAGAGAGGGUGAGAUAGCCGUGUCUGCAGAUAUAAAAGAAAUGUUUCUUCAGAUCCGCAUAAGAGCAGAGGACCGCCCCGCCCAACGCUUUCUUUGGAGAGAAUUUAACAGAAAAGGGCCAAUGAAGGAAUUCGAAAUGAAAUCAGUUAUUUUUGGAGCAACUUCUUCACCGGCAACUGCAAUAUAUAUUAAAAAUAGAAACGCAGAGGAUUUUACUGAGGAACACCCGGAGGCUGUCGACGCGAUAAAGACCCGAUUUUACAUGGAUGACUAUCUACACAGUUUCCAUUCCGAAGAAACAGCUCGUAAAAUCGCUAAAGAAGUUGCGCACAUAAACAAAGAAGGGGGGUUUACUCUAACACAAUGGGUGUCCAACAACGAAAACGUCAUGAAAGACAUCGAAGAGAGUAAAAGAGGCUCAGGAGGGGUAAAUCUUGACUUCAACGUAAAUGUCAAAAUCCUUGGACUGAGAUGGAACCCGUCCGAAGAUACUUUUGGAUUUAAUUUAAACCUGUCAAAAUUACCUGCAGAAAUUAUCGACCACACACGGAAACCGACGAAGCGAGAAGCGCUAAAGGUUGUGAUGAGUGUGUUUGACCCACUCGGUCUUUUGACGCCUAUCGUCAUACAAGGAAAGAUCCUUCUUCAGCAGAUAUGGCGAUCAGGAAUACGUUGGGAUCAAAAUGUGCAAGAAGCCGAUCAUCUUGUUUGGAAGCGUUGGAUUGCUCGCCUUAUUAAUGCCUGUGCGUGUAGAGUACCGCGACCCUACGCACCAGAGCCUACUAGAUGCACCAUAGAAUUGCAUAUCUUCUGCGACGCCAGCGAGAAAGCAUACGCAUCAGUGGCGUACUGGCGUUUCGUACGAGAAGAUGGAAAGAUAUGGGUUGCGCUUGUCACCAGUAAAUCCCGCGUGACCCCACUGAAACCAGUGUCUAUCCCCAGGCUUGAACUUCAAGCUGCUGUUCUCGCGACGCGACUUGCUUCUACGAUCGAGAAAGAUCACGACACCAUCAAACCAGCUAAAAGGUAUUUUUGGACUGAUUCCUCAGCCGUAAUCUCAUGGAUUAAGGGAGACCCGAGAAACUUCAAAACCUUUGUUUCAAAUCGGUUGGGUGAAAUUGCAGAACAUACGAGCACUGAAGAGUGGAGGUGGCUGUCGACGUCACAAAACGUAGCAGACGACGCCACCAGAGAUAUAGAAGAUUUGAAUUCCGAUCACCGAUGGUUCAAGGGCCCGUCUUUCUUAUAUCAGCAGCCUGAAACGUGGCCGGCUCAGCGCGCGGACACCGAGCCAGUACCACCAAACCUACUGGAGGUUAAGAAACCUACUUACAAUGUCCUGCCAGUGUACGCAUACACGACAUGUUUGCCUGACAUCAGCAGAUUCUCCAAAUGGCUGAGACUCAUCAGAAGUACUGCAUACGUUUUCACAUUUCUGGAGAGUACUCAAAACAAGGAACGUACUGGCCUUAGAUUAGAACAUAUAGAAAAAGCUGAAAAGGCAUGGAUUAAGCAAUCUCAAUAUCAAAGUUUUCCGGUCGAAUUGGAAGAUCUCAGAAAUAAUAGGCCAUGGGACAAGAACAGUCGCCUACGUGACUUGUCGUCAUUCAUAGACGAUAAUGGCGUAUUGAGAUUGCGGGGGAGAGCCAGCGCUGUGAGCGAAGUAGAUCGGAACCUCAUUCAGCCCAUUAUAUUGGACGGCAAACAUCCAUACGUGAAAUUACUUAUCUUGCAUCACCACGAACGAGCUAACCACGGAAAUAAUGAGACUGUUGUCAACUCCUUGCGCCAGAUGUUUUGGAUCCUCAACUUACGCCCUACAGUGAGGAACACUGCAAAGUCUUGUCAAUUAUGCCGAAUACGCAAAGCCCAGCCGACACGCCUUCCGCUUGGAGAUUUACCACCAGCAAGACUUGCACACCAUCACCCACCGUUCAGCCACUGUGGCUUAGAUUAUUUUGGACCCAUGGUGGUGACUAUAGGGAGAAGACAUGAGAAGCGAUAUGGUGCUCUGUUUACGUGUAUGACGAGUAGAGCUGUACACAUCGAGUUGGCUGCAUCACUAUCUGCUGACUCUGUUAUACUCGCUUUGCGCAGGAUGAUAGCCCGCAGAGGAUCGCCAAUGGUUAUUUACUCGGACCACGGCACGAAUUUCCACGGAGCGGACACUGAAAUCAGAAGGUCUAUCAAGGCAAUCGAUCAGGGGUUGAUUAGGGAUUUCUUCCUCAAUAAAGGCAUUGAUUGGAGCUUUAUACCACCCGCUUCGCCCCAUAUGGGAGGCUGUUGGGAAAGGCUAAUUCGUUCUGUUAAGAGCGCACUGAGUACAACCCUUAGAGAACAAUGCCCAACAGAAGAAGUCUUGAGAACUGUGCUGACUGAAGCAGAAUGGACAGUAAACUCCCGGCCUCUGACACAUGUUUCGGUGCAUCCAGAUGACCGUGAAGCUAUAACACCGAACCAUUUACUCCUUACAGGACGAAACAACAUGCCACAUUUUGGAACUUUCACUGACAACGAUCUGAUUACACGAAAACAAUGGCGAAAGGCCCAAAGACUGUGCGAUGUCUUCUGGAAUCGUUGGGUUCGCGAAUACCUGCCGACAUUAUUACCCAGAUCGCAUGUCCGCGAGCGACCGAACCUAAAAGAAGGCGAUGUGGUUGUUAUCGCAGACCCCGGAUUACCACGCAACAUCUGGCCGAAGGGCAUAAUAGUUAAAGUGUUCACAGGUGCUGAUGGACGCGUACGAGUCGCCGACGUCCGCACUGCCGGGGGAGUGCUGCGGCGCCCCGCUGUGAAGAUUGUCCGCCUCCCGACUGAUGCUGAAUGCGCUUAGUCGCGCAUUCCCGGGGGAAUAUGUUGCGGACUUCUUACUGAAACCUACAUUUAGUUACCUUUUUACUCUUUACCUAUAUUCAAAUAAUUUGACGUUGUCAUGGC